AACUCAUCGCGACGUUGAACUGGCCGGUUGCGCGGCUACUCGCGGCCGUAGUGUACCGCUCCGUUUUUUUAGUUUUUCGUUUUAGUACCAUUUUCCGAGGAUGAUGCAAACAAUUUUAUACAGUGUUUAACGAAAGCCCUGACCCUGUGUAUUUAACACGCUUGCAUUGUUUUGUGUUCGUUAUAUCCACCCGAGUACCGAAUCUCAAGCCAUUCCCUAGUGAACCUGUGCGAACGUUGUGUGGUGUUGUGGCGUGUAUAAUCACAGAACAGUUUAAAAGAAAAAACGUAUAUCCAACUACUUGUAAUCAACAGUCCAAAAAAAACAUACAUUAUCACCAGCUUUCGUCACCCUCUUCACCUUCCAACCACUGCCAACACCAACAUCACCUUCACCUACCCGAUCUGACCCGACCCACACCAAAGUGCGCCCGUCUGGUUAUGUCGUGUGGCCGCGUAGGAACGAACUGCUAUGGCCGAAGAUUUGGCUGAUCAAAUUGACGACUAUAUCUGUGUAUUUGAAGGAGCCGGUGAUCUAACGAUGGAUACGUUCGUAAUGUUACUGUUCGCGCUGAUCGUGGUAGUGAUUUCGCUCGUGUUUGCGACCAAACUGAUCUACGACAAGUACGUGCUGCGCAAGGGUGCUACGGCUAGUGGGACCGCCGAUGGUGGCACUGUCCCCAUCCCGGCCGGUACGGCGACCGGUGGUGUGUCGCCCGUAGUGGCAACCGGUGUGACCGCGGGAACGCGCGUCUCCGAACCGAAGGAGGUGCUCACCAAAAAGGAUGCCAUUCUGUCCCAAGUUCGCAAUGGCGGCAGUGGCGGCAUGGGCGGUGGAGCAAGAAGUGGUGGUGGAUUCGGUGGUGGUGCGAUGGGUGCCGCUACCGGUCCCAUGAUCGCCCGCAAACGCAUUUCCCGCAUGAGUCCAGGCCCAGAACUGAGUCAGAAAAAGCGUCCGGUGAUACCACCGUCAAACAUCAAUGGCACUGAUCCGCAAAUCACCCAGUGGGCUGUCCAUCUGUUCCGCUGGCUGUACUCGGACCUAGUGGUAGUGAACAAGCUGCUACAGGACUGGGUGUCCACCGUCAAUACGGCACUACUUACGCACGUAGAGCAGCACGAAAUGAUUGUCGAAAUUGUGCGCGUUCUGCCGGAAAGUUUGCCACCGAAUCUGUCGAGCAUUCUGUGUGAACCGACCGAUCAACCGAACGAAGUCGAACUACUGUUUGACGUUGAUACUACGCCAGUUCUGCAGAUCAAGGCAUUCAAGUCCAGCAACCAAAAAACGGAGGUGUCCCAUUACAAAGCUACCGUAUCGCGAUUGAAGUCCCGUGUCAGCGUAAUCGUCAACUAUUUCGCACUCAAAGGAGAGAUGAAACUCGAAGGAUAUCCUGAUAUCAAAAUUCAUCUAAACAGCAUUGGACCACUGAAAACGGCAAACGCACAGGACGAAAAGAAACAGAUCGAUGUCAUUACGGAGCUGCUGAUCGGUUCGCUCCGGGAUGUAGUAUAUCCGGUUGACUUUUCCAUCUACUCUACCUGUCCGAGAAUAAUGGGCGAAGAGUCCGAGGAGGUCACUUCUGAUUAUGGCUACGGUGGCUACAAUGAUGGGUAUCGCGCUUAUCAAGAUGAUGCUUACGGUACCGGACUAUCAGCAUCCCCAAGGAAAUUACUAGUCAAAGUGUUGAAAGCAGAAGGACUGUUGAAGUGCACUCAACCUUAUUGUGUGAUCGAAAUGGACGAACCAGCCCAGAAGCAUCAAUCUGCGUCCAAACAAGGCCAAAAUCCGUUCUGGGAUGAAACCUUCCUGUUUGAUUUGUCGAACCAUUCGACCGAACUUCUGUUCGAGGUGUACGAUACUGUAGGAGUAGCCGCUGGCCAAAAGUUCCUUGGCUUGGGUUUGGUAGGAAUCGACGAGUUGGCCAGUGGUCCAGCCUCCACACAGAUACUCGAGUUGCAGCCCCGUCCAUACGAAACGGAAACCAUUACUGGUUCCUUAACGGUUGAGUUCGUGUUCAUCGAUUCACCACCGGUUCCUGCAGCACGACGACAGUACACCCAGCAAUCCUUCCACACGAAUGGAUUGUCUAACUUUGCUCGAGACGCCAUCACGAGCACACCCGGUCCGGGAAGCCCGAAUGCGGUAAAUGGUGGAACUGGCACUACCGGUUCACCGAUGUCUCCGUCCUCACCGUCCAAGCUACUGUCCAACAAAGCACAGACGAUGGCAGAACGCAACCAAAGGUUCCAAGCGGCGGAAGCUAAUCGAAUGAACAACUCGUUCCUCAAACCAACCGCUGCUGGACAUAUGAACUCCUUCAACGGUGGAAAAUCGGAAUCGACACCUGCCUCCCCGGCUCUCUCCUCGGCUUCGGCCACCUCCCAAUCGAUGACGGGCAACCUAAGCAACAGUGCGCCGGUGAGCGUUAAUACAGUGCCGCCGGUUAAAAAACCGCGCAACAUUUUCGGCACACUGCGCAGCAAGCUGACACCGUCCAAGAAGUCGAAAUCGUUGGAGGUCACCCAGUACAGUCCAACCGCAACCGGAGGUAACGUGCGCAGCGCAUCGUCAACGCUCAGCCGAGGAUCGUCGCUCGAUCAAAGAUCGAACAUUUUCCGCAAUCUGUCGCGCAAAUCAUCCAUCUCGGAAUCAUCCGCCAUAUCGGGAUUGUCUACUGGCAGUGGGCGAACGUACGUGCACGAGGAGUCAACGCUGUUGCUCGAAACGACGGAAAACAAUGUGGUACGCCAUUAUCUGGUACCGCUUGAGGUGGCCACCAAGCAGAAGAACUGGAAGCGCAAAGGGACCAAGCUACACAUCUACAAUGAUCAUACGUUCGUUGCCAAACACAUCCCUGGUGGGCUUCUGUGCUUUGUUUGCAAUCGCAGCAUACCAAGGCGCCCCGGAAAGCAGGGCUACGAAUGCCGGGACUGUGCGAUUCAGUGCCACAAACCGUGCCACGUACGGGCCCCCCAAGCCUGCCCGAAUCCGAAAAUACUGUCCAUGCAGCUGUCUUCACUACCCGUACUUAGAGAUUAGAGCGGUACCAACACCGAUGCCAACUCCCGUGCUUGCCUGUACCAUCUUUUUUUUGUAUUUCUUUUGAUCUGCAUCUUCUUCCCCACGGUCCACAGUGCGGUUCCGUUUUGGCUUUCGUUUUGGACACCUCCUUUCAUUAGUCAAUGAUUGGUUUUGGAAGCGAAAGAAACAUUUUGAACUUUAGUUUCAUUUUGUAUAAUAUAAAAAACCAAACUUCCGCUUUGCACAGAACAAAACCAAAAUUACUAUUCCCAUCCGUAUCGCAACUCCAACAUAUCUGCGAACUGUUUCUUUACGAUGGCCCUGGACGCAGUAAGGACACUUCCGACACACAUGGUGAACAGAAACAACUCUGCCAAAGGAGCAUUUACACACAGGCGACUGAAAAGAACGAAACAAGCAGCAGUAGAAAACAGGAACAGAAACACACAAACGUUAGAUGAAAACACAAACAUUUGAGAUUGGUCAAAAAAAACUAUAAGAAACACUCGUACGAAAUGUGCUUCGCAUCCUCGAUUUAAGUUUCUGCUUAUUUUGCUAAAACUCUUUAAAAAUAGAUAAACAAAAAUGGUUUAAAAAAAUGAAAAAUUUGUAACUUUAAAAUUUAAACAAAAAAAAACACACACACAAAUAAUUCUCGAACGCUAUAGUGCUUAACUAUACGUAAAACAAUAUGAUAACGAUCUUUCGAAGAAACAAAUAAGCAAACGAUAUGUACUGUUUAAAGUUUUAAUUAUGUUUCCGUUGUGGCAUAUUCUUUUUUUAUAGAAAAAAAAACAAAACUUCAAGCUCUCUUCUUCUCUCCUUCACAGAACUAUCUAUGGUUGUGUAUUUUCUCGCGCAUAUUUCUCAAACUAACAAGUAAAGAAUUUUAUCACACUAAAAAAAACAAAAUCAUUAAGAUUGUACAAUAGUGGGGACGAAUAGUGAGGGUAAACCGUGUUAGUAGUAGCUUGCAAGGGUAACGAAUCAGUGCCUAUUACAAGGGGGUGUAACGGAUCUGAGCGUAAUUAGUCAUUACUACAUAAGAGCAAAACAAAAACGAAUCAGUAGAAACAAUUGAAUUAUUAGCGCCAAAAGAAAAGAAAAAAAGGUAUGAUUUACUUUACACGAGAGUGUUAAAAAAUAGCAUUGGUUUUACGAUAAAAAACGUGAUUUGCUAGCAAUCGUUAAUACCUCUUGCAUUCGUAAAAUGGUGACCAAAACGUGACAACACAAUCAACUUAUUCAACGUACACACACUCUUACAAUCCUUGCAACACGUUCUCCACUAGUAAGUGACGUUAUUCGUUUCAAUCGAUAACAAAACAAAAUGCUUACAAAGAAAAGUGCAUAAAAUGCAUCAACAGUCAGAAUUAGUCGUAAAUCGAAUGGACACCGUAGCAAAAAGGGGGAAGGAUUAGUUUGCACCACCAGUUGUUUGUUUCUGUUGAUGUGACGGUUUCGUGUAACUGUAUCAUGAGUUUUGCUUUUAAUACUAUUGUUACGAGUACUAUUUUUGUAAACUUCUGUUGAAAGCAACGGUUAAUUUAAAACACUGUUUCAGUUAAGGGUGAAAGUGAAUGAAUAAACGUUAAUAUAUUGUUACAAACGUG